CCUGUUGUGACCCUGUUUUCCUCGUCGAGCUUUGUCUGCUCAUUUAUAACGACUCGUCCCUCCUAUUACCUCUCAAUUUAAUACUUUGCCAAAGCUUUCUUUUUAGAAUUUUACGUUUUGACGGAUCUGCUUCAUUAAACUCGGUUUUCGUGCUUAAUCGCUUUAAACCACUCCCUAAACUCGUUUACUCUCACCCGACCGUUUUGACGAUCUGAAAGCGUUAAACGUCUGUGUUUUCGUCCGAAUCGUGUGUUUUGUUAAAGACUUUUCAGAAAAAGACGUUUGAGGGUCAAUAGUACGACUCAUUGGAAGAAACAUUGGUGCUCUUUCAAUCAUGGAACGCAGUAGUGUUUUCAACAAGCUACAAAAUGGUCAUCGACCUCGACUGAAUGCUUCGGUUCCGUCUCUGCUCGGCAGCUCGUACGCGCUGCGUAGUCCUUCACGCCGUUUAGAACACAGCAUGAGCGCAAUGGUUCCUGGUAGUAUGGCGAAUGUGGAUGAUGAGGCUCAAUACCAAAUGAGUUUGCUUCACGACCGGGAGUCAGGUUGCGUGGAUGCUAUUCAGGCACUUCUAAAUCGGCACGCUGAUCUGCUGCUCUCCAACGUCGACGACGCAGACGUUGGAUCGGUGCGUUCACAGUUGAACAGUCAAUUGGAGCAGUGGUGCGAAGUUUGUGAUGCUUUGGCUCAGGUGUACCGAAAUCGUGCUGCUCGGUUGGAGGGUGUUAUUGCUCGCCGCUCAGAAACCGAUGCUCAGUUACUGCAAAUGGAGCGUGAACUGCAGCAAGAACGUGAACACGGAAACAAGGCGGCUUUGUUAGACGACAUUGCUGACUUGGACCAGCAAAUCGCUGAGCUUCGCUCUCGAAUUGACUUUCUUGAACAGUGUCGUCGUAAGAAAAUGGAAGAAUUAGAGAUCGCUAAUAAAGGACACGAGUCGCAUAUCUCUCAGCUCAAACAAGCAAUGUUCGGUCUUCAUGAAAAAAUUGCCUCAGCGCCUUCCGUGCCUCUCCUGUCUCAGCAAUUAGAAGAAGCCCGUGCGCAGGCUGUAACUCUCGCUAACCAAAGUACUAAGGCUCGCCCAGGCAUUGCCUUCUUCCACGAUCUGUGCUCUCGUUUGCAGAAGUACGAGUCGAGCUUUGCUACCCUUCUUGCCGAGAAACGUGAUACGAACAAAUCGUUCACCUCACCACUCCAAGAUCGCGACAUUCGGGCGUUGCUAAAGCGCAUGGUCGACAUGCUGAAUGAUGGUCUUGAAAUCGCAAACACUAACAAUUGGAAACCGUAUUCUGUUGCUAUUCAACAUGAAAUUCUAGCACUCGAAACUCUUAUAACGCAGUACCCCGAGGAGUCAAAGAAAGCAUAAAUGUAGUAUGCAGUCGAAACCGCGUACUUUGACGAUUGCUCAAGACUAUAAUGACUACGACGAACUGGAACGGUCCCAAUGGUUUGGAUUCCCUUUCUUUUCAUCCCUUCAAAAUUUUAUUUCACAAGCCGCUCCUGCUUCAAACACCGUACACGGUCACCAACUCGCAUGAACUACAGAUAAGUCGUAUGCCGUCUUGCCAUCGCAAACCUGAUCAAUCCGACCUUGAUGUUCGUCGCACCAUGUUGCCCGACUCACGAUACGUCUUUCUGUUUCAACGUCGCACAAUUGGUCUUCUUCUCCUGCGAACCCAUCGCUUCAACUAUACCACAUGCUAGGGGGAUGGGACUUACCGCGAGCUACCGAACAUCAACGCAACCCAGUGAAACACAAACAUAAUUGCAUUUAGCGUGUUGUAUAUCUUAAUCAUCCGUGGGUGCGAAUACUCAGCCGUCAUCGGCGCACGGUGUCAUGUCUACAUCAUUUCGACAGUCAUCGAUGAAUUCCUAAAUGUCGCCGCCCACGAUGCCAUUACGCUGUGCUUGUUGACGAAU